ACUUAUGCCCACAUGAACGGCUGGACCAACGGGGCUUACUCGCUGAUGCAAGACCAGCUGGGCUACAGCCAGCACCCGGGCAUGAACAGCCCCCAGCUGCAGCAGAUGCACCGCUACGACAUGACGGGCCUGCAGUACAGCCCCAUGAUGUCCACGGCCCAGACCUACAUGAACGCCGCCUCCACCUACAGCAUGUCGCCCGCCGCCUACGGCCAGCAGCCCUCCACGGCCAUGAGCCUGGGCUCCAUGGGCUCCGUGGUGAAAUCCGAGCCCAGCUCGCCGCCUCCUGCCAUCACUUCCCACUCGCAGAGGGCCUGCCUGGGAGACCUGCGGGAUAUGAUCAGCAUGUACCUGCCCCCGGGGGGGGAUGCCACAGACCCUUCGGCCCUGCAGGGCAGCAGGUUACACAGCGUGCACCAGCACUACCAGAGUGCCGGGACUGGCGUGAAUGGUACCGUACCACUAACUCACAUAUAAACUUGGCUGCUCCGGACGGCUCCCCGUCUUAAUCCCUAACCCCACCACCGCUCCCUGACUACACCGGGACGUACGGCAGUGUUGCUCGGCUUAGCAGACUUAAUACUAACUUUGGAGAAAUUUUAAAAAGGAAAUCCGUUAGUUGUGUCUUUUUUUUUUUUUGUACAAAAAAAAAAAUAUUCGAGCAAGCUGUUAUUUUAAUAGAUCACAACUCCUGCCUUCUAGAAGCGCUGUGAAGUUUUGAAACCACGCAACUUCUUUCCUGGUUUCUGCUAGAUUGGGCACUGUUUUAUUCGCUUAAAAAGUUUUUAAAAGAUCUUGCAUCUUCCAGUUUGAUUUCUAGCGUUGCAAUGACAUAAAAAAAAAAAAAAAAACACCCCAAACCGGCGGGCUUUUGUUUUUAAACUCAGUUGUUCACAUUAUC